GGGGCUGUGUCCCGCUUCGUUCCUAGCCGUCGGGUCACACUAGAGCAGCCGGCGUCCCCGGGCGAGGAAGAUGCUGCCGAUCGCGAAGAGCCUGAAACAGGGCAAAAGGGGCAUUCUAGAGCGCUUGGAUGCUGGAGAGAUUGUGAUUGGAGAUGGGGGAUUUGUCUUUGCCCUAGAAAAGAGGGGAUAUGUAAAAGCUGGGCCUUGGACUCCCGAAGCAACAGUAGAACACCCAGAAGCAGUUCGUCAGCUUCACAGGGAAUUCCUCAGAGCUGGAUCCAACGUUCUGCAAACAUUCACCUUUUAUGCCAGUGAGGACAAACUAGAGAACAGAGGCAACUACGUAGCUGAGAAAAUAACUUGCCAGAAAGUGAACGAAGCUGCUUGUGACAUUGCCAGAGAAGUGGCCAAUGAAGGUGAUGCUUUAGUAGCUGGAGGAGUUAGUCAGACACCAUCAUACUUAAGCUGCAAGGACAAAGCAGAGGUUAAAGCAGUCUUUCGAAAGCAGCUAGAUAUCUUCAUGAAGAAGAAUGUGGACUUCCUCAUUGCAGAGUAUUUUGAACAUGUUGAAGAAGCUGUCUGGGCAGUUGAAGUCCUAAAAGAAUCUGGCAAGCCAGUUGCAGCUACAAUGUGCAUAGGUCCAGAAGGAGACAUGCAUGGUGUGCCUCCUGGACAAUGUGCUGUCCAACUGGUGAAGGCUGGUGCUUCCAUUGUUGGAGUCAACUGUCAUUUUGACCCAGAUACUGUACUGGAAACUGUGAAACUGAUGAAAGAGGGCUUGCAAGCUGCUAAACUGAAAGCCCACCUGAUGUCUCAACCACUUGCUUUCCAUACACCUGACUGUGGGAAGCAGGGAUUUAUUGAUCUUCCUGAAUUUCCCUUUGGUCUGGAACCAAGAAUCAUCACUAGAUGGGAUGUUCAAAAAUACGCAAGAAAGGCUUAUGACUUAGGAAUCCGCUAUAUUGGAGGCUGCUGUGGAUUUGAGCCAUAUCAUGUCCGAGCAAUAGCUGAAGAGCUGGCUCCUGAAAGAGGAUUUUUACCAGAAGCUUCUGAGAAACAUGGUAGCUGGGGCAAUAGCCUGAGCAUGCAUACUAAACCCUGGGUCAGAGCAAGAGCAAGAAAAGAAUACUGGGAGAAUCUGAAGCCUGCUUCAGGCAGGCCAUAUUGUCCUUCAAUGUCAAAGCCAGAUGGCUGGGGAGUGACCAAAGGAGCCAGGGAGCUGAUGCAGCAGAAAGAAGCAACAACUGAACAGCAGCUGAAGGAGCUCUUCCAGAAACAGAAAGUCUAAUCUGCUGCAAUUGUCUGAAUGUUAGGAUGUUAGAACGUCUCAUCCUUUGAAAGAAAACUUGUGAAGAUUAAUACCCUGUUAAUUUGUUCAACUAACAUGUAAUGAAAGAGGCAAAAUGCAAAGAGAAUAUGAUUACAAAUUAAAUAUGAGAAGCUUUGAUAAUAAAAUCUUUCUCUGGACAAAUA